AUGGCAGGGAAAAUCAUCAAUGCUGCGAAGCUGCUGAGCAGAAGAUCCCACAUCCUGCCAGACCAACUCCAAGUCUCCGAGCUCUUCUUCGAAGUGCCUGCCGAUUACUCGAACCCUCCCGCCGGCACUCUCAAGCUCUUUGGCCGUAGUGUGACCAAACGUGAGCGUCCAAUCGUGCCGCUCUCGUCAGCCGAUGCCAUCAAGGCUGACCAGAAGCCAUGGCUCGUCUAUCUCGAAGGUGGUCCUGGCUUCGGCAACCGCGAACCCCAGGACAUGCCCCUGACCCGCCUUGCCUUGACCCGCGGGUAUCAAGUCCUGUUCCUCGACUACCGCGGCGUCGGCUCCAGCACCCCCAUAUCCGCCGCCUCCGUCAAGCAGAGGGCCGGUACUGAUGCUGUCUCCCAGGCUGCCUACCUGCGUCUCUUUCGCCAGGAUAACAUCGUGAACGACUGUGAGGCCGUCCGCGCCUGCCUCACGGAAGGCUACCCUGCCGAGAAACGGCCCUGGUCCAUCUUCGGCCAGUCCUUCGGCGGCUUCGUCGCCCUAACCUAUCUCUCCCGCUUCCCCCAGGGCCUCCGCGAGGUCUUCCUGACCGGUGGCCUCGCCCCCCUUGACAAGACCCCUGACCAAGUGUAUGAGGCCACCUUUGAGCGCGUCACGAGCCGCAACGAGGUCUACUACAAGAAGUACCCCGAGGACAUCCGCGCCGUCCGCGAGAUCGCCCGCCACAUCGCUUCACACGAGGGCGCCUCCGUACCGCUCCCCGCCGGCGGCACCCUCACCAUUCCCCGCCUCCUGACUCUCGGUCUCGGCUUCGGCGCCCACGGCGGCCUCGACUCGGUCCACGCCCUGAUCCUCAAGCUGGCGACCGACCUCGACCAGUUUGGCCACCUCACCCGCGCCGCCCUCGCCGCCGUCGAAUCAUACAAUCCCCUUGACGCGAAUCCCAUCUACGCCAUCCUCCACGAGGCCAUCUACUGCUACGAGCCCGGCGUUGCCUCCAACUGGGCCGCCCACCGCGUCGGCAGCCGCCUGGCCCCCUACGCUUGGCUCGACAACACGAAACCCUUCGUGCUCGACGAGUCCGACGACGACAGAGAGCCCCUCUACUUCUCCGGUGAAAUGAUCUUCCCCUUCCAUCUCGACACCCAUCCCGAGUUGCGUCUGCUCAAACCCGCCGCCGACCUCCUGGCCGCUCACGCUGAGUGGCCCGCGCUGUAUGACCUCGACCAGUUGCGCCGCAAUGACGUCCCCGUCUACGCUGCCAGCUAUGUCGACGACAUGUACGUCGACUCGCGGAUCGCGCGCGAGACGGCUGCCGCCGUUCGCGGGUGCAAGGUCUUCGAGACGAACACCAUGUACCACAACGCAUUACGGGCCAAGACGGGCGAGGUCCUCGGUGAGCUGUUCAAGUUGCGGGACAACACGAUCGAUUAA